GUGCCCACUGCCAAAGCCUCCAGGGUUCUCGAUCCAGGACGUUAUCACCUUGCAGAUGUCGGAGAAAGUUUCCUUUGGUCCAAGCUUUAUUGGAAUGAUCGUGCAUUUCGACCAACCACGACACUGGACCUGGAGAUUGGAAGCCAAAGUCAGCGAACAACAUGACCAGCUGAGCUCAUGGGAGUUCGACGCAUACGAAAGACCCUCUGCUGCGUACGGAACUUUCUCUUGCAGAAAUGUUAACAACCCCGACCAAACAGGAAUCAUGAAGAUUUUCAAACAGGUCCCUUACGCCGGCUCUGAUUUUGAACCUCCGGAGAGGAGAAAAUCCCAGGCUUCCACCGAACUCACGGAAGAUGCGAUGGACGAACUCAAAGCGCUUCGACAGCUUGUUGACAAUGGCGCCGAGCACACACCAACUCUGCGCAGCUGUAAGAUUGAGAAGCAGGGGGAAGACGAACUGGUCCCGGAUGGCUUUGUGGCGUAUCUUUUGAUCAGACCACCGCCAGGUCGAUGUUUGAAGUCUCUGUAUUGGGCCUUGGGUGCCAUGGAGAGGCAGGCGAUUCGAAACGCUUUCAGAGUUGCGUGGUUGGACUGUGUCAAAAAGGGAAUUUAUCCACAGGGGGGCAAAAUUGGACAUUUGAUGUGGGAUGCCAGCUUAAACAAAGUUUACAUUACUGAGUUCCAAAUGUGGCGCCCGAGAAGACCAACCGACACCUGGAAAGACAUCGAAUGGAUGGCUUGGGGCCUGGCGAAGCCUCCCCGAGGGUAUCAAUGGUCGAGGGAGACCAGAGCACAUCCAGAUAAGACUGACUGGGAGAUGUAGAUCCAAUCUUUUUCCCGGGCCGUGGAUUGAUCGAAUACCUACAGAUGCUUUUGCAUGGAAGGAUGGUUUCUGGUUUCUACUUUCAACACCAUACUACGCUUUCUUAGAUAUCAAUAAGCGCCUGUAUUUUUUAUUUAAUUUGCUUUGUUUCUUUUGAUCACCUUCCUGGCACCUGAAUGAUGUUGGUACGUAUACAGGAGUCAAUGUACCUCGACUUUUUGUUUAUUCCAAAUCUUUAUUCACUG